CAGGACUCUGGCCCCUGACGCUUCACGCCCUGCUUUCCGGAAGCCUCAAAGCUUAAUCGCCCUCUCCCUCUGAUCCACCCUUUUCGGGACCGCCUCCUCCGACUCGCCCGGCACAGCCUGAUGACCGGUUUUGUCUCUUCCGCUUCCGUUUCCGUAUACUGGGGGUCUCCCCGAAGGCGGUGGGUGGCAUUGUUCACGCUGGGGUCGGGGACGCUGGGGUCGGGAAUUUGGUUUCCCCUUUACAAUCUUUCCUCCUCUCAGACACACCCACCCUUAUCCGAUUUGAGUGAUCUAUUUAAUCUGCUCUCUUGCAGAAGCGUGGUGAGGUCGGAACCUUUGUGCAGCCGGAACUAAGGUGCGCUACUCCGCUGGCAGCCGGAGGACUGCAUAAACAGGAAUACCAGUUUUCUUCUAGCAGUUGAUCACUGAGGUUCCGGUGGGGCAUUGGCGAGUGAGCUCUUCAGCUUCGUUUCCUGUUAUGCACCGACCGAAUUUUCGACCACCAACUCCUCCGUACCCCAGCCCGGGGAUAGGAGGUUGGGGUGGCGGAAACAACUUCCGGGGUACCCUGGGCGGGGGGCCGCGGCCGCCCUCCCCGCGGGACGGGUACGGGAGUCCGCACCACACUCCGCCCUGCGGGCCCCGGGCUAGGCCGUACGGGAGCAGCCACUCUCCGCGGCAAGGCGGCAGCUUCUCGGGGGCCCGCUUCGGGUCUCCGUCCCCGGGCGGCUACCCAGGCUCCUACUCCAGGUCCCCCGCGGGGUCCCAGCAUCAGUUCGGCUACUCCCCAGGGCAGCAGCAGACCUACCCCCAGGGUUCUCCAAGGACAUCUACACCAUUUGGAUCAGGGCGUGGUAGAGAAAAAAGAAUGUCUAAUGAGUUGGAAAGUUAUUUUAAGCCUUCAAUGCUUGAAGACCCUUGGGCUGGCCUAGAACCAGUAUCUGUAGUGGAUAUAAGCCAACAGUACAGCAAUACGCAAACAUUCACAGGCAAAAAAGGAAGAUACUUUUCUUAACAUUUCUGAAAUUCAACUGGAAGCCUCAUGUGUCAGGAACAUCUUGGACAGAACUUUUACUUGUGAAAAUGAGUUGAACCCAAAGAUGAUGACUUUGAAUAAUGAUUAGCAGACCCUUGGUAUAUCUCUAACUUUAUCAAGUGUUGAUAUUAGAGGAAAUGAUAGGGUAAUUUACAGUAUUUAGCUAUCUGGGAGUGUGUACCACGGAACACAGUUUUCAUAUUUAACAUUUCCAAGAUAACAAACAUUUGUUUUUUUCAGUGUUUUACAAUAAAACAUUUUUGUCUUCCUAAUUGUGAUUUUGUUGAUAUGUAGAAUUGCUAAAAUAAUGCUUCAUAAUCACUUAGAAUUUGAGGGUGUUUUACAGACUAUUUUUUUAACGAAAUAGAUAAGCUACCCUAGACAGUUCUCUAUAUAUUUAUUAAUAGAAAGUUGUUCUACAUUCAUUUUUUUGCAUUUCUGUUAAAAUAUUGAAACAAAAAAAAUCACUGGAAAUCACUUAACAUUACUUAUA